AUGCUCUCAGUCAAGCCCGUCGAAGUCGCCCCUUCCCAAGCCGCCGAAACUCAUCCUUCCCAAACUACCGAACCUCCUUCCCGUCCUCCUCACCCAAAUUUUGCCCCCUUCCACAUCAUCCCCGGCCUCUCCAACUUCCGCGACAUCGGCGGUUGGCCCCUCUGCACCCCAUCACACGCCCCAACCAAGCGUGUCCGCAAAGGUAUCCUUUUCCGCGGCUCAGACACCAACAGGAUCACACCGGAAGGCGAAGGAAAACUACGAAAGCUGGGAAUCAAAACCGACUUCGACCUGCGGAGCAAGCAGCAAAUCGAGAAGACGGGUGGGUACAGAGAAAUAUCCGGUAUUGAGCGGAGAUGGACACCCGUGUUUGCAGAAGAGCAGUAUACAGAGGAGGCGGCGAGGAAGAGAUAUGAAUUGUAUGCUGGGGAGGGAACUGAUGGUAUCGUGACGGCGUUCGUCGAGAUCCUCAUUGCGGGCGCGCCCAUGUUUCGAACGGUGCUGAGACAUGUGCUUGCUUCUGCGAGGGGAGGUGCACCGUCCGCAGCAGUUUUCAUGCAUUGUACGACUGGCAAUAAUCGCACGGGCGUGUUUAUUUCGCUUCUCUUACUACUUCUGGGUGUUUCGCCUGAUGUUGUCGCGCACGAGUACACGCUUUCCGACAAGGGGCUUGCGCCGACUCGGCAUAUCAACGUGGAGCGGCUGCUCAAGAAGGGCGCAUUCGAAGAGUACGGUCCGGAGGAAGCGAGGAGGAAGUGUGAGCGCAUGGUGGGAGCGCGCAGAGAGAGCAUGGAAGCGCUUAUAGCCGAGGUGGAGAGGAGGUGGAACGGCCCGGACGGCUACUUCAGGGAUGAAGUAGGUCUUACCGGAGAAGAAGUUGGGCGUUUGCGAGAGGUGUUCACAGAAGAAGAGGCUGACGGGGACGGUCUUCCAAAUGAAGCCGUUGACCGGUUAGGGGAGGCUCCGAAAGCAAGUCGAGAGGCUGCGUUGAAAGAGGACAAAGCGAAGGCGUCGCCAUAG